AUGACUGUUACAGGGGAUGAAGGUGAGAUUAUUUCAGCUCUGAGAGAUACUGGGCUUCUUAAAAAAACAAUCGUUAUGUUCACUGCAGAUCAUGGAGAACUUGCUAUGGAACACCGCCAGUUCUAUAAAAUGAGCAUGUAUGAAGGAAGUUCCCAUGUCCCUCUUUUAGUUAUGGGGCCAGGUGUAAAAGAACAGCAGCAAGUACCAAAUGUGGUAUCUCUCGUGGAUAUAUAUCCUACUAUGCUCGAUAUAGCAAGAAUUCCCAUCCCGCAGAACCUCAGUGGAUAUUCUCUUAUACCGCUGCUGCGUGGAAAGGCUGAAAACGAAGUGUCAUCCAAAGGGCCUCGGCCUUCGUGGGUGUUGAGCGAGUUCCACGGAUGCAAUGUGAAUUCUUCCACAUACAUGCUUCGAACUGGCAAAUGGAAAUAUAUCACGUACUCAGAUGGCCGUUCAGUACUUCCACAACUGUUUGACCUUUCUGAUGAUCCAGAUGAGCUAACAAAUGUUGCCAUAAAAUUCCCAGUAAUUGUACAUUCCUUGGACAAAAUACUCCGCUCUAUAGUAAAUUACCCAAAGGUUUCUUCUUCUGUUCAGAGGUACAACAAAAACCAAUUUAUGAGUUGGAAACAAAGUUUAGGUCAGAAUUACUCAGAUGUUAUUGCCAACCUUAGGUGGCAUCAAGACUGGUUAAAGGAACCCAAAAAAUAUGAGAAUGCAAUUGAAAAGUGGCUAGCUGCCCAAAGAAGCCCGGUGCACAGAGGCAGGUUUCCAGAUCAUGCAGCAAACCCCAGGAACGCGCCAGCUCGCAAGGUAGAGCACCAGUGGCGGGAGGUGGGGACGCUCCCUCGGAGGGUGAUGCUGUGGCAUGUGAGCCAGCCAGUGGCAGAUUGUGAUCACAUCCUAAGUCGGCAGGAGACAUACCGCUGUCCUGAUGAACACAAAUGGGCAUUCUAUGUGUCAAUACAAGGUCCUCCUGGUCGCUGGAGAGGUAAGACUGCCACUGUCAACGUGACAACAAAUCACAUGGAAGUAAUCAUCCGCCACCUUUGUCAGGAGAACCCGCCUGGUUGGUAA